CUUGUCUUCGUUGUUCACCAAACCACCACUUAGCCAGGCAGGCAACCACCGUCCCACCAACCCUACAAAUACCGAGGCCUGAGGCCUGAGUCGAGGCGACGCCUUCUUCCUCUCCCGGUUCGUCCGCGGUGACUCCUGCCUGUGCCUGGGAAAAAGCUGUCCCCGUUGCAUUGCAUGCCUGUGCUGUAGCCUGUAGGUGCUGGUGGUUUGUUUACGUUAACCCACCACACCAGCAGCGCUUACCUUAGCUUCCACCCCCCAUUUCCCGUCCACCAAAGGCAAAUCUACGCCGCACCAACCGAAUCGGGAGAGUAAACAAAAAAGGCCGGGUCUGAUCGGACAUGUAGGCAUGGGCCAAACCCAAAGCCGGAUCGGAGCUCCCUCCCUGCAGUGCCACUGACCAGUGACACACACAUGCGGAUCCAUCCAGCCAGCGAGCGUGCUGCACCCGUUUAGGACUGUAGGAGUAGGGGGGCGCUUGUGCUUCCAAAGUGCGUGCCUUUUGGGUGCCUUCCUGGCGCCUCAAAAGCAGGAGCAACGAAGCGAGCGAGGGCAGCACCAAGCAUCUUGCACUAGCAGCACGGCGAGGAGCCGAGGAGGAGGAGGAGGGAGCAGCCGAGCAGGAAUCAUUCCGCUGCAAGGCUGCCGCCCGCGCUACUGCCUCCGCUUUCCGGGGCCGGACGGACCCCCCCGCGCGCUAUCCUCUCCUCCUCUCCAGUAGCACGUCCUGCCCCUCUGCCCGUGUCCGCGUCGUGCGCGCGGGCGCGUUUGGGUGGCGCUGUCCUGUCGUCGCACGCACCGCACCACCAGUCCACCACCACCACCACCGCCACCACCAGGGCCGGGGGAGCCCUGCCUGCCGCCUUUGCUGAUUGGUACGGCAGCGCGCUAGCUUUUUCGAUCCUGAGAGAGAGAGAGAUGCUUCCGCUGCUGCUUAUAUCCACGCUCCCGGCCUUCACGCUGCUGCUCGUCGCGCCCGCCACCAAGGCCUGCUGCAAGCUCGCCCGCGAGCUCGCCCUUCUCGCCCUGCUGCUGGCCACGGAGCUACUGCGCCACGCCACCGCCGUGGGGACCAAGGAGCGGGAGCGAGGCGCGAGGAUGUCGUCCAAGCCGAGGCCCGCAUUGGUGGCGCCGGAGGCGGAGGCGGAGACGCCCGCCGCCGCCGCCGCCGCGGGGUUCCCGCUGCUCGACCUGCCGGAGCUCGCGCUGGACCGCGUCCUGGAGGAGCUCUCGCCGGCGUCGCUCGCCGCGAUGGCGUGCGUGUGCGCCCCGCUCAGGGACCGGUGCUCCGCGGACGCGCUGUGGGAGCGCCACCUGCGGCUCAAGUGGGGCCACGUGCUCGGCGCCGCGGCGCGCAAGGAGUGGGAGGCGGAGCUCCUGGGCGGCAGGGGGGCCGCCCGCGGGAGCGCGACGCGGCCGACACGCCGCAGGAGCUGGGUCGACUCGCUGGCCUGCGCGUGCCGGCCCUUCUCCUCCUGGAUCGGCUGCCGCUGGCUCCUCAAGGGGGAUCACGCCCCCGCGCCAUCCUCCGCCGUCGCCGCCGAGCCCACGCCUACCACCGCCCCCGCCGCGCCGCCGACGGACACGGUGGCCGCGUGGUACCGGGCGCUCGAGUGCGGCGAGUUCUCGUUCCCCGCGCAGGUGUACAACCGCGAGCAGGACGGGCACGUCGGGUUCGUGCUCUCGUGCUACGACGCGCACCUCCGCUACCACCGGCGAACUGACACCUUCACCGCGAGGUACCCACCCCUCGGCCGGAAGCCGGGCAAGGAGGAGGACGGCGUGCAGUGGAACAGGGUCCGCGCGCCGCCGGUGAGCACGCCGGCGCAGGACCUGCACGCGUCGGACUGCCUGGAGGAGCUGCGCCCGGGUGACCAUUUCGAGAUCCAGUGGCGCAAGAACAAGGACUUCCCUUAUGGCUGGUGGUAUGGCGUCGUGGGUCACCAGGAGUCGUGCAAUGGGAACGAGCAUAUGUGUCGCUGCCACCAAGACGACAUGGUUGUCCUGGAGUUCCAGCACUACGCCCCUGGCUCCCGGUGGAGGCAGACCACUGUGAGCAGGAAGGAUCACAGGGAGAAGGGAGACGAGACGGAUGGAUUCUACGGUGGCAUCAGGAAGCUGCAGACCAAAGACGAGAUAUCGACAUGGCGACGGUUCUGGCCCGUUGAUGUCCUCAACUGAAGAUCAUAUUUGCAGUCGGUCUGCGUGUCUCCAUUCCAAAUUCCCCAUGUACAGUUAUGGCGAGCUUUCAGCACUUGUCUGAAAUAACUCUGGAACCCUUCUCGGGUCUCUGUAGAAUCUUUUUUGCUAGGAAUUCAUGGUGCAGAACAUUUGCUCUGUCCAAGUUUAUUAGAAGAAGAACAGGCUGCUACGAAUGAUGUACAGAUCUAUCCAGUUUUCGAUCUGACUUUAUGUUGUCGCUGUAUCCCAGUUUAUAUGCAUCAUAAUAAUGUUCGGAAUGCGUCGCGAUCCGUCCAAUUUUAA